AUGAUACAAGGUCAACCACAGAUGAUUGCAGCAGCUCAAUCGCAACCUCCGCAAGUAAACACUUUUUCUGGAUCAAGACCGCCCAUGGUUCAACCUCCUAGCUCUGCAUACCCACAGUCUACGAUAUCAUCCUUACCUACCAGGCCACCGGGUCCUCCAGGUCCUAUGCGUCCACCGCAAGGAUUGGAUGUUGGUCAUAUGGAUGAUAUCGUAAAUCAAGUGGGUAAUAUAGAAAUUAAUCCGGGUCCUCCUUCCAUUCAGGAUCAACCUCAACUCGAUCAACAUUCUAGACCACCUAGGCAGAAUCGUACAAAGAGAGCCUACCAUCAAAGUCCCGAUCUCAACGGCUUUUCGAAUACUCCUUUGACACCAACUUCAAAUAACUAUCAUCAGCCACCGCCUGUGAAUAAUGCUCCACUACCGGGACAACCACCGAUGCAGCAAAUGUACUCUCCAAUGGUUCCUCAACCUCCUCCUCCCAUACAAGGAAUGCAACAACAACCUAUGCAAUCAAUUUCACAUCAAUCUCAAUAUAUGCAUCCUCCACCUCCGCCUUCUGCCCAACAUCCUCCUCAGGCACAGUCUAUGCCUCGUCCUGCGAUUUCAAAUGCUUCCAGGUCUCGGAUUGACCCUAAUCAGAUUCCGUCACCAGUUACUGUUCAAGAACAAGAUCAACUUUUAUUCGAGGAACAUCCAUACAUGACCUUAUCUAAAUCAGCCAUACCUCUGGCAAGUACUGACUUUAGAGCCAUCGAUGAAGGUAAUUCCAACCCUCGGUUCAUGAGGUUGACAUUAUAUUCUAUACCUCACACGGAGGAGCUCCUUCAAACAUCCCAUUUACCUCUGGGUAUCAUUAUACAACCUCUGGCCAAACUGAAAAAUGAUGAGGCCCCAAUCGAGCUUGUCGAUUUUCGGGAACAGGGGCCAAUCCGUUGCAUGCGAUGCAAGACAUAUAUUAAUCCAUUCGUGAUUUUUGUGGAAGGAGGGCAGAAAUUUAUAUGCAACAUGUGUUCGUUCUCUAACGAAGUUCCACCCGAAUACUUUUGCAACUUGGACAUGAGCGGACGGCGGACUGACAUAGAGCAACGACCUGAGUUGAAAUACGGAACGGUGGAAUUCACGGCCCCUCAGGAAUACUGGGCAAGGACGCCAACUCCAUUAUCUUGCAUUUUUGCUAUUGACGUAUCCUUGAACGCUGUUAAAAGUGGAAUGCUUGUGAAAUGUGUGAAUACGAUUCGCGAGAUCCUGUAUAAUUCUCCCGGCAGCAUUCCAUUAGGAGGCAGAAUUGGCAUCAUUACUUUUGACAAGGACGUACAUUUUUACAAUUUACAGCCACAACUCGAGCAAGCUCAAAUGUUGGUCGUUUCCGACGUUAAUGAUAUCUUUGUGCCACUGAACUCUGGACUUCUGGUAGAUCCAAAUAACUCACGAACCGUUAUUGAAGAUCUCUUGGAAUCUUUGCCAACAAUGUUCGUCGAUAAUAAGGUUACGGAACCCGUAGUUGGUGCUGUUGUUAAAGCGUCACAUAUGGCUUUGAGUGAAACUGGAGGAAAACUAAUCAUAUUUCAAACAACCUUGCCAACGUACGGCCCCGGUUCUAUUAAACACCGUGAAGAUUCCAAAAUAUACAACUCUGAUAAAGAAAGGACUCUAUUUGGUCCUCAAGAUAAUUAUUACAAGACGCUGGCAACCGAGUGCGUUGACUCUGGCAUCAGUGUUGACAUGUUUUUGUUCCCUAAUUCAUACAUUGACGUUGCAACGAUUGGGUUAUUGUCGUGCCUAACCGGCGGUGAAACAUACUAUUAUCCUAAUUUUGAUAUUCAGAGGGAUGGAGAAAGAUUCUCUUAUGAAUUAAAACAAAAUCUUACCAGAGAGUUUGGAUAUAAUGCGCUCAUGAGAAUUCGAUGUUCUAAUGGUUUGAGAGUUGUGGAUCAUUUCGGCAACUUUAAUAUGCGUAACGCGACUGACGUAGAACUUGCGGGCAUUGAUAGUGACAAGGCAAUUGGCGCCUUGCUCAAGUAUGAUGGUAAACUUGACGAAAAAACGGACGCUUAUAUCCAGUGUGCACUUUUAUACACAACAUCAAGUGGCCAGCGUCGAGUGCGGACUCAUAAUUUAAGCGUUACAGUCACACAACUUCUGGGAAAUGUUUUUAGACAUGCGGAGAUGGAUACCACUGUUAAUUUCUUGGCUAAGCAAGCUGUUUCAAACGCAAUAACAAAAUCGCUACGAGAUAUUCGAGACAAUUUGACGGACAAAUGCGUUAAAAUAUUGAUGGCAUAUAGAAGACAUUGCGCAUCCUCCAGUUCUUCUGGUCAGCUAAUUCUUCCCGAAGCUUUCAAAUUGUUCCCCUUAUAUACUUUGACGAUGUUAAAAUCUAAAGCUCUUUGUGGUGGGGGAAAUCUGAUCAGCGACGUUCGGGUUCACUGCAUGCGUUUAAUAAAAAGUAUUGGAGUUUCAGAAAGUAUUGUCUUCCUUUAUCCGCGACUUUUCCCCGUGCACCAACUUUCUGAUAAGGAUGGGCUUCCUGAUCAACUCGGUAGAGUUAAGCUACCACAGUUGCUACGCACGUCAUUAGCUAGGCUUAGUAAUGAAGGGGCAUAUCUCUUGGAAAACGGUCAGAUACUAAUGUUUUGGCUGGGUCACCAAAUUUCUCCUGAUUUCAUUCGCAGCGUAUUCGAUGUUGACUCGAUUGAACAUAUUAAUCCGAAACUCUUCUAUCUUCCAGCGCUAGAUAAUCCAACGUCCAUACGAAUCCGAUCUAUAAUAACAUACUUGCAAUCACAAAGAUCGAAAUAUUUACGCCUGACCAUUGUACGAAGGGGCAUGGAUCCUUCAGAGUUGGAAUUUAACAGUUUAUUGGUUGAAGAUGAGAACAAUGGUGCAAUGUCGUAUGUCGACUACUUGUGUUACAUUCACAAGCAAAUUCAAACAGAGGUCAGUAUGAACGACUGA